AAGUGAAGCUAACUGCUCCAGUAAGAUCAUUUAUAACUACUCUGAUUUGAAGAACCGUAUGGCAAAAACCAAAAUCCAAGCAAACUAUGAGAAAUCCCAUCAGCAUGUCAUUUCAAACACUGAAUUGCUCAAAAUUUCCUGCUUAAUUAUGGGGAAGAUUUGUGGGUUUUGAGGGAUUAAAAAAAAAAAACUGAUUAUGGUUGGUCUCUUUGAAGCGUGUUUGUCAUGGCCGAUUUCAAAAGUUUGUUAAAUGCCGGUUUGACGGUUGAAAGCCGGGCCAGAUGGCUGCCUUACCUCGUUUCGUUCGUACUAAGCGGGGAUUUCACCCUUCCUUGGGCUUCUUUGCUUGAGUUUGACAAAAGCUGAGGGGUGUCGAGGAAUCGAGGUCCAUCCCAUCAAAUAUCCCCGUAAAUCCAGCAUGAACGGAAUGGUGCUCCACUGCUCCAUUCCAUCAAAUUUCAUCAGCCAUCUCUCUCUUUGAUUUUUUCUAACGCUUUCUCGUGUUCCUUCAUUUGAAGCGGCAAUAGCCGAUCCAAAGGAAACCCUUCAACUGAAAAUUUGAAACUCGGCUCCACGAAUCAUCAUCACUUCUGCAGCAAUAGCCAUUAUGAGGACUGUCCCGAUAAUGACACUGAUUAUGAUCGUGGUGAUAACAACUUCAGUGGAUGCAUGGGAUACGAAUGAUAUCUAUGAUCCCUGCUCAGAUGCCAAAAUUCUGAAAUCCGAUGGUUUUACCCUCGGAUUAGCAUUCUCCUCCAAAGAAUCGUUUUUCUUUGAGAAAAUACAGCUUUCACCUUGUGAUCGACGUCUAUCGCUUUCAACCAAAAUUGCUCAGCUUGCUGUCUUUAGGCCAAAGGUAGAUGAGAUUUCUCUACUUACCAUCAACGGUAGCAAAUUCUCUCCGGAUAUGUAUGGUGGAUACAUGGUAGCAUUUGCUGGACGGAAAUAUGCAGCAAGAUCACAACCCACUUUUGUUGCAAACAGUUCCUAUAUAAUAACUAGCUUUACUUUGGUACUUGAAUUCCAAAAGGGAACCCUUCAAAACUUGCAUUGGAAGAAGGAUGGAUGUGCAACAUGUGCUGGAAAGUCAUCUUUCAUUUGCCUUAACCUCCAGGACUGUGCAACUAGAAUCUCUAAUUGCCAAAGCCAUGGUGGGCCUUUUGAUUGCAGUCUUGGCAUACAGUUAGCUUUCUCAGGUACGGAUAAGAGUGAUGAGGUCCUUAAUUCAUGGUAUGAGGUGAAGAAUCUCCGGCAGUACUCUCUCUUUGGUCUGUAUUCCAACUUAAAGAGUAGUCUCACUAACCAAUAUAACAAUCUUUUCUAGCUAUUAGGUAACUCAAGGCUGUUCCUUGUUUAUGAAACUUUCAAUCUUAUAACACCCUCAACUCCAUCUAUUUGAAUGGAUAACUGUGUUUUACCAAAAAAAAACAA